AUGGCAGACACUCUCGAGUCUGGGGGCGAGGGCGCCGGAGAGGCUGGCGAGGCAGCGACACCUCAUGGGAUUGUGAAAUGUCUGAAACUACCACUGCCUGAAAACAUUUUAGCUUAUCUAGAAAAAAGGGAAUUAGUCCGGGAUGAUCAGAUUAAGCCUUGUCAUAGUCUGGCAGAAAAAGUUACUUCUAAUUAUAUUAUAGCCAAAGAAAUUAUUAGCAACUUGUGCUGGCAGGAAAAGAUGCUAGCUAAGCUGGUGUGCAGCACAUGGCUUUCUGCUGUACACACCUUGGAGCGGGAGCAACUCAGUCCUGCAGACUUUGUAAUGGACUUGCAUUCUUGCUGCUCCUCUAGAGUGGGGAUAGAGUACAAGAAGUCUGCCAACUUUGCUACGGAGCCCUUGGCUGUAUUAACCUUUGCAAACACAGCCGGUUUCAAUAUAACAUGCAAAUGUAAAGUCAUUUGCCCCAUUCCUUGUAUGCCGCCCUGUGAAAAGGAACAUUGCUUGUUGGACCUGGUGCAUAGAUAUGUCAGUGCUCCCAAAGAUUGUAUGCUGACAGUACGAGCUCAGUACCUCUCAUACAUGCCACUUCCACAGUCUAUAACUUAUGAACAUGCAAUCACUCGCCACAUGUUUGUCCGCUCAAACCCAUUCAUCGGAGGAGUUUACAUCCCAAAGCUACCUGAUGUUGAAUUCCAUGUAAUAAACAUAAAGUCUAAAGGAGAUAUAAAAUCUGAUUUCUAUAGAGAAAUAGACAGGAUCUCAGAAACCAGAAUCUUCAAGGGAGUCAUUGUUUAUGUAACAGAGAAAUAUCUUUUGCACUCGGUGCAGGAUAUUGUUUUCUUAAAUUACAUAAAGGAAGUGCAACCUGAUGUACCAUAUGCUUUGGGAGGAUGCAUAGUGGAGGAUACAAUGUUUGAACAGAGUGAUCUAAACCACAUUGUAGACCAAGUGAAUGAGGGCAAAGACUUCAUCACAGAAAAUCUUAUCUCAAUCGGGCUGUUUUCAGUACCUAAGGGUGAUGAUAAUAAGGAGAAGGCUGAUAGGUACAGCUUUGAAGUGUACUCACUUAUCAUUGAUACUUCGGACUGGGCUAAGUCAAGAAUAAGCAGUGCAAUCACUGAGUUUGCAGGACAAGUGCCAAGGUUCGAACACAGCGUGGCAAUCAAACUCUCCUGCCUCGGACGCGACCAAAAACACGAAGUUGAGCAGGACUACUUCCGAGUGUCGUUCCCACAAACUCGCAUCGCUGGCUGCUACGGGAACGGUGAGCUUGGCAUCAACCACCCGCCCCGGCAGCCACAACAACCGAAUCCUGCCAAACGUGUCCGCCAAGACACGGGCCCACACUUUGGAAUUAUGUACUCAUAUUCCACGGUUUUCAUGUACAUUGGAUGGGGAAAGAGCUCAGCUCCUGUGGAACCGACGGCAAGCCUUCAGAAGACACGCAGCAAGACCCAAGCACGAUUUCGAACGAAUUAGCACGGUUUUGAUCCACUUAGAAGUUUUCUCAAAAGCUUUCAAUGUGAUU